GUUUCUUAACUUCCGGAACGCAAACUUUCCGUCGAGAGGAAAUUUACUCGGCUUUUUUUUUUUAUUUUAUUUAUUUUUUUUAUUAAAGUUUAUUGUGUAUUCUACACUGAGAUUAUAAAAUGUCGGGUGUUUUAUCCCCAAGUGUGUCGGCUCAGGCUCCGGGCGGUACCGCGGGGAUUGUGAUCGGAGAUGCGGUUUAUUCGGGAGUUUUGUUGGCCAUAGACAGCUCUCUGGUGCCGGAGGAGAAGCGCUCGGAUACUCCGUCCAUGCGGGACGGGCUGGAGCUCCACACCGAGACCGAGUUCAGGAUCCUGGGUUGUGAAUUCAUCCAGUCCGCGGGGAUCCUCUUGAGACUCCCACAGGUUGCUAUGGCGACGGGACAGGUCCUCUUUCAGCGGUUCUUUUACUCCAAAUCUUUCAUAAAACACAACUUUGAGAUCGUGGCCAUGGCGUGUGUGAAUCUAGCCUCUAAGAUCGAGGAGUCUCCGAGGAGGGUGCGUGACGUCAUCAACGUGUUCCAUCACCUGAAGCAGGGAGGAGGAAAGAGAAAUAUUCCACUGUUCCUGGAUCAGAAUUACAUCAACACCAAAAACCAGGUGAUUAAAGCAGAGCGGCGGGUGCUGAAGGAGCUUGGCUUCUGCGUCCACGUUAAACACCCGCACAAGAUGAUCGUGAUGUAUCUGCAGGUGCUGGAGUGUGAGAAGAAUCAGAUCCUGGUGCAGACGGCCUGGAACUAUAUGAACGAUGCGCUCAGGACCGAUGUGUUUGUGAGGUUUGAACCGGAGACCAUUGCGUGUGCCUGUAUCUACCUGGCUGCUCGGGCUCUACAGAUUCCUCUCCCCACCAACCCGCACUGGUUCCUCCUGUUCGGAGCAUCGGAGUCGGAGAUCAGGGACAUCUGCAUCAGCACGCUGAAACUGUACUCCAUGAGGAAGCCGGACAUUGCACAGUUGGAGAAGGAGGUGGAGAAGAGGAAGGUGUUUCUGGAGGAGGAGAAACUGAAGGUGAAGGGUGUGAACUACAGCAUCACUCCGGCUCUCAAACCCAACACCACCUUCUCUCCUGCUUCUAAACCUGGUUCUCCAAAGGAAGUGAAAACUGAAGAAAACGGUGAGGAGAGAGAGGAGCGGCACCUGAACUCCAAAAGCCCAAUGACCAGAGUAAAGAAGGAGGAGGGUGGAGUAGUACAGAAUGGCCACACUGCCUCCAGGGGGCGCUCUCCAUCCCCCUCUCCGCACACACGGCAGAGUCACUCAGGAACCUACAGCUCUCCCAGCAGCCCCAGCCCGUCGCCGCGGCAACACCGAAGUAAGAGAGAUCAGAGUCGCCACGCAGACAGACGGAGACGCUCCCGCUCCCUCAGUGACUCACGGGGUCGUCACCGCGACGACGGGAAACGCAAAAGCAAAAGCGAGCACCGGGAGAGAAGAGAGCAGGAGCGGUCACAUGAUCGCGGAAGGUCACGUGAUUACAGGCGUAAAGACGAGAGCAGAACACGUUCCUCACAUUCUCGCCACAGCAGGUGACCUUCCCGUCUCAGAGGAUUCUGAUUGCUUGUGUCAGCAAACCGGUAAGAAUGUACAGGAGGCGGGGUUUAGAACAGAACAAACAUAUUGCUGUUGCUACUGCUCGUGCUAGCUAUUUAUCUAGCUAACAUUUAGCUGCGUGCUUUAGCUACAGCUAGAGACACCAAAACAAAGUGUGAACAAAGGCCCAACGUUACGCUGGUCACAUGUAACGAAUACGUAACUCCGCCUCUUGUGCAUUUUCAUUGGUUGUUGCACAUAGCCAAUCCGAAUCCUUUCAGCCUUGACAUGAGGCUUCCAGUGGGUGGAGCUCUGGUUCUAGAUUUGGGACUAUCCACAUAUGCGACUUCCUGUCGCAUGGGCAUGCUGGGAAAGCAGGAGGUGUUUCUUAUUCACUAGCGAGCUUCACAUUGAAGAGCUGAAACACGUCCCGUCAGACUUGAAUUAUGGAUGUGAGUGUAUCAGGGAAAAACGUGUGUGUGAGCAACAUGUGCACGUGUGAUGAUGGAGCACAGCUGGAUUUCUGCGCUCUGUCCUACACACUUCCUCACUUUUUCCAUCAAGUUUGUAUCUUUAUAAUCUUUUAAUAAAAUGUUUCUCACUGAGA